CAUCUCUGGGAAAUCCUGCUGUUCUUCCAUCGACGUAUCCCCAAAAUCAGUGCUCCGAAUCGGGCUUGGAGAGGACGUCUGACCCCAUGUUGGUACUUCCAUGUGCUGUCCAGUUUUAAGAACGUGAGAGGAGGUGUAGAGCCAUGUCUUCCGCUGUUAUGAAGAUGGGAUUAACUAUACAUUGAAACAAGCACAUUCAGUUACAAUGGUUCUGUUUCUGGUUGGAGCCACAAUACCAUCCAAUAACUCCACCAAUGGGAACAACACACAAGGACAGACCGCCUCCCCGAGCCCCCACAUCCUCCCCACGGUCCUGGUGCUGUCUCUGCUGCUCCUCAUCAUCGCUCUGCUCGCCUGGUACUGCCUCAGGUUAAAAAACCAGAGGAAAGCAGUCGUCACAGCAGUUGACAAAAAGAUUCCAAAUGGCAUCUUGGAAGAACAGGAUUUGGGAUACAGUACUGAGUCCGUUUGCACCAGUUUACCCCCAGAGCAGCAGACUGUGGUUCUCCUGCCCAGAUCCCCCUCAGCUUCCAAAACGUACUUCCCAAUCCCACUGGACCACCUGGAAGAGGAAUACCGGAUACGAUCGGCCGAUGAUGGAAAACUCUUCAGGGAGGAGUACAAUUCUCUCCCGGGUGGACAUGUCCAGGGCUCAUAUGAAGAGGCCAACAGAGAGGACAACAAGGAGAAGAACAGAUACCCCAACAUCCUGCCAUACGAUCAUUCUCGAGUGGUGUUGACUCAGCUGGAGGGAGUUCCCAGUUCAGACUACAUCAACGCUUCCUACAUCGACGGUUUUACAGAAAAGAACAAGUUCAUAGCAGCACAAGGUCCAAAAGAAGACACAGUGGCAGAUUUCUGGAGGAUGAUUUGGGAACAGAAAGUAGCGACAGUCGUCAUGUUGACAAAUCUGAAAGAGAGAAAAGAGGACAAAUGUUACCAGUACUGGCCGGACCAGGGCUGCUGGACAUACGGGAACAUCCGAGUGGCAGUGGAAGACUUCACUAUCCUCGUGGACUACACCAUUCGCAAGUUCUGUGUACAAAAUCAGGCCUCAGACACGGGUAAAAGCGCUCGUCUGGUCACUCAGCUCCACUUCACCAGUUGGCCGGAUUUCGGAGUUCCCUUUUCUCCGAUCGGAAUGCUCAAAUUCCUCAAGAAAGUCAAAACUGUCAACCCUCCUUUCUCCGGACCCAUCGUUAUUCACUGCAGCGCCGGAGUGGGGAGGACAGGGACGUUCAUUGUGAUUGACGGGAUGAUCGACAUGAUGCACACGGAGCAGAAGGUCGACGUGUUUGGGUUUGUGUCCAAGAUCAGGGAACAGCGCUCUCAGCUCAUUCAAACAGAUAUGCAGUACUCGUUCAUAUACCAGGCCCUCCUUGAAUACUACCUCUAUGGAGACACAGAGCUGGACGUGUCGUCGUUAGAAGGACAUCUGCACAAACUGCACAACACCUACACAGACGGAGACCGGGUCGGGCUCGAGGAGGAGUUCAAGAAACUGACCAACAUGCGGAUAAUGAAAGAGAACAUGAGAACAGGGAAUCUUCCAGCAAACAUGAAGAAAAACCGCGUGCUGCAGAUCAUCCCAUAUGACUUUAACCGAGUCAUUCUGUCCAUGCGACGAGGUCAAGAGUUCACCGACUACGUCAACGCUUCAUUUAUAGAUGGUUACAGGCAGAAGGACUACUUCAUCGCGACUCAGGGCCCUCUGCCGCACACAGUGGAGGACUUCUGGAGGAUGGUCUGGGAGUGGAAGUGUCACUCUAUUGUAAUGCUCACAGAACUCCAGGAGAGGGAGCAGGAUAAGUGCUGUCAGUACUGGCCCACGGAGGAAGCGGUGUCGUAUGGGGACUUCAGGGUGGAGCUAAAGGCUGAUACUGUGUGUGACACGUUCAGCCUCAGAGACUUGGUACUGUCCCAUGUGCCGGAGAAACAGACUCGUCUGAUCCGACACUUCCAUUUCCAUGGCUGGCCUGAGAUCGGGAUCCCAGCCGAAGGCAAAGGGAUGAUCGACAUCAUCGCCGCCGUCCAGAAGCAGCAGCAGCAGUCAGGCAACCACCCCAUAGUGGUACACUGCAGUGCGGGCGCGGGGAGGACAGGUACGUUCAUCGCUCUCAGUAACAUCCUGGAGAGAGUCAAAGCUGAAGGACUCCUCGACGUCUUUCAAACUGUCAAGAGUUUACGCAUGCAGAGGCCACACAUGGUCCAGACUGUGGAGCAGUACGACUUCUGCUACAAGGUGGUACAAGACUUUGUGGACAUUUUCUCAGACUAUGCCAAUUUUAAAUGACAAACUCUGCCUUAAAAACAUAAUUUGUAACGUUAUUUUCUAAAAGCUGUUUUUGUGUUUCUUUCACUGGGUCUAAAUGAUCUUCUAUUUUGCUAUGCACUUGUCCUAUACCGGUUACUAAACAGCGCCUCCUAGCUGUACUAUAGUGUAUGUUAGCAGAUACAACUUGUACAUUGAAAAAGUCUAUGUAUAUUUCACAUUAUGUAUGAUAAUUUGAACCAUUUUGUCCCACUGUACAAUAUGUAUUUUAAUGUUCAUUGCUUUGAGAAUUAUUUUAAGACUUGUAGUUAUUGUAAAUGUAUUUAUGUUUUAGUUCUUUGACGGGAAUGUGUUUUUUCAAUGUAAUAACUAUUUUUGCUUUUUAUCGAAUUUGAGCUAAAAUUGACUAAGUUUAACAUUGAGCUAUGGAACCAGUUGUGAAUGUGACAAUUUUUCUCACCUAAGCCAUAUUCUACAGACAGGCAAGAGUCUCCUUCUAGUAAUAGUUUGGGAUUUUAAGUGCAAAGUGUAUGGGGCACAGGUUAAAGCAACAUUAUGGGAUUUUAAAGGUCCAAUAUUACACAAAACUGACUCUUGUGAGCUUUAAGUCGUGUUCUAAUGCUGUUACCUCCUCAAAAACAGACCUGGAUAGAACAUUAGAACAGAUAUCAGAAAAAAUGUACUUUUUGACAUUUCUGGUGGAUGCUCCGCCUACUUGUCUCCAUGGAGAUGUCAUUUCUUUGCUUUUAAUGUUCUACAGUAUAGCAUUUAACUCAUGGAAACAAGCGGGUGGCACCACUGGACCAAUUUAAAGGUCGUCUUAUCUUAGUGAAGGUUCAUUUUUAGCACAUACCGUAUAAGUGAAUGAAUUCAAGAUAUGUUUAAUGCCAUACUGCGGAACAUUUGAGACAGAUAAUAACAUUUCAUACGGUUAAUAACAUUUCCAUGGAGACAAGCAGAUGGCGAAACCAACCAGAUUUAAGAUACAGCUUAUAGAGUAAUUUGUAGGAAUAGACGUCCAUCAGCAGACCAUUUUAGUCCGGGUUUAGUCCCAGUUUAGUCCUGGUUUGGUCCAUAGACUGUAUAAACAAGUGGAGUAAGUGAGUGUGACGUCAUCCACAGCGUUUGGCUCCAAAUGAAGCUCAUCGAGGCUAGAGCAGUUAUAGCGGACAAUUUGGAGCCAAAGUCCAUGUUUGGAAUUCCGACCAGGAGUAUCAUGGCAACCAAAGAGCCAAUCCGGACCGAGGCUGUUGACGGUAACGCCCAUUUCUGUCCGCACCACUGGUUUAGCAGGGAGUGGGUGCUUAGCAACGCUGUCAAUCAAACCUGUUGCUAACACUAACGGGGUCAACCUCGGGGAAAGACGCCGCCUGAUUUGUCUGUUAUAAAUGUUCAUAUCUUGAUUUACAGACACAAUAGUGAAAUAAAAAAAACAGGAUCAUGUAGAGCGGGUUAAUACGAACAUUUUAAGACCAAAAUGAUGAGUCCGACAGUAGCAGUUAUAGAGAGAGGGGACACAGUUUUUCAAUAGAAAGUGAAUUGGAGCCAGAGUCGAUGAGCCGGUCUAUGGUUUAAGGUUGUGUUCACUUGAGACCAUGUUGUGUCAUUUUUAAACACCACACAAAAUGCAAAUUCUAGUGACUUCUUCCACCACAUAUGGGACUGGGACACUUGGGUAGGAUUUCAGACGUGCCUCAUUCAAAACAACUUCAAAAUCCUAAACUAUUCACUUCUGGACUCAAAACAGGAAAACAAGACUCAAAAGCACAUGUUUAUGAACUAACCUGUUGUAACCUGCUUCAGAUCAACUUUUCUUCAAUUAAUCUUUUAUAAAUUGGUGCCAUUUACUUUCACUGGAGAAGUUUAAAUGACCAUGUUACUAUAGGAACAGAUCGAUGCAGUAAAACAGAUCAGAUCCAGAUGUUUGGUAGAACAUGAGACCAUGGCCCACAGUGGAGCUGCAGUGCCUGCCUUUGCCAAAAGCACAUAUUCCCUCAUCAGCAGAAAUAAUAAUAAAGACUUGUUUUGGCUAAUUAUG